GAUUAGAAAAUAUGCUAUAGCGUUUUAUCUCCCAGAGAUCAGGUAAUUAAAUGUUGUGAGGCUGCAUACGGUCCCAUGCAGUAGGUGGCGGUCUGCACCUUCAGCAUUGGUUUGCCAUCUGCCAGAUUGAAGCACCAGAGCCAUCCACUGGCUAGAACACGAGAAGAAGAAGAAGAGAAAACGGAAGUGUACGUCUACAGAGCAAUCAAUAGGUUUUUAGAGGGUACCGGGCUGAGUAAAAUAAUAAUGCAUAAAUUGAGUGAGGCUAUUUCAUUAUAGUAGCACUAGAUAGGAGCUGUUCUGAUCCGCACUCCAGCCUGGAAGGUGGCGGUAAUGCACCUAAAGCUGGUUUCCAUCCGCCGUUAAAAAAAUAACUAAAGAAGAAGAAGAGGAGUUUGAUUGAGCUCCAAACGUCCAUCAAACGUCAACAGAAAUUUCAGCAGGGACUUCGCCAGGGCUUCCUCUGGGACGGAAAAGGGACGUUCGGCCAGACUCGACAAAAUGUUUUUCCUGAAGACUUUUCCUGUGUGUGAACCUGCAGCUCUGCAGCUUCUCAGACUGUUCUCUACCAACACUCUGCCCACUCUCACUCUGUUUACUAAGGACCCGUGCCCUCUGUGUGAUGAAGCCAAACGAGAGCUGGAGCCGCUGAAACACAGAUUUGUCCUGCAGCAGGUGGACAUCAGUCUUCCAGAGAACAGGAUGUGGCUCGACAGGUACAGGUGGGACAUUCCUGUGUUCCACCUGAACGGACAGUUUGUGAUGAAACAUCGAGUAGACAUCGUCCUGCGGAACAAACUGCUGCAGGAAGCUGAGACUGACAAAACAAGAUGAUAUUUAUAUCCAAUUUAUUCAGGAUGUUCAGUAACAAAUAAACAGAUGUGAUCAAUAA